AUGACGCUUAUUCGUUCCACGGCAAAGCCAGUGCAAGCUUUGGCUGUCAUUGAGACGGGUGGUUUCAGUCAGUUCAAGUUUGACGACGCCGACCUGGCCUUAAUGUGCGCGUCGCAUAGCAGCGAGGAACAACACAUUGCCCGGACUGUCAAUAUGUUGGCGAAAGUCCAAGCCAAAGAAGAGGAUCUUCGUUGUGGAGGUCACUCGGCACUGUCGGACUCAGUGAAUCGUGGCUGGAUCAAGCGCGACUACAAUCCCACGGCAGUGUGCAACAACUGCUCGGGCAAACAUGUUGGUAUGCUUGCCGGCGCCAAGGCAAUCGGUGCAGACAUGGCGACUUAUCAUCUUUCAACGCAUCCCCUUCAAUCACGAGUAAAACGUGUAUUUCGGGAAUUGUGCGCCCUCGAAUCUGAAGAUGUGAAAUGGGGAAUUGAUGGGUGCAACCUUCCAGCACCCGCAAUUCCCCUCCACUGUCUUGGGAGACUCUAUGCCAUUAUUGCUGCGUCGGCCGACCACCAAAUGAAAACGGAGGUUCCUACAUCAGCAAGAACGCAAGAAUUGGGCCGAAUAUUUCAUGCGAUGACUCAGUACCCAGAACUGGUCGGUGGAGAUGGGCGAUUCUGCACUGUGCUCAUGCAGGCAUUUCAUGGAAGAUUGAUUGGUAAGCUUGGCGCAGAUGGCUGUUACGGAAUAGGAAUUCGAGCAUCAGAGCAGACAGCACAGCUUGGAGCAACGGGUGCAGUGGGCAUAUCUCUUAAAAUUGAGGACGGGAAUAUUGCGAUUUUGUAUUCCGCAAUAUUGGAAAUCUUGGAACAACUUGGGAUCAGAUCACCAGAAAUGCGAAAGGAUCUCGACGCUUUUCACCGUCCGGCAAUCACCAAUACAGCCGGUGUCGUUACUGGCCAAAUUACUCCCGCUUUCAAGCUACAGGCUCCCUCAUUAGAGCAUUGA